UAUCACCCUUUUCCGGGCAGGGAGAUCAAGAAGGGAUGGAUGGAUCCACCACCAAGGAAGGGUGAAAUUAAAGGGUGGUUGGAGCGUUCAACACAAGUUUGGGAAGCUCCUUCGUUUUCCUUAAUCGGAUCCGUCUAGCCUAGAAAAGAUCUCUUUGAGCGGGGAGUUUUGCAGAGAUGAAGCAAAUCCUGACAGCGCUGAGUCUUCUGCUGGCGCUCAGCCACUUGAUGGCAUCCAAAACUUCAGAAGAAGCAGAUGUCUCGGAACAGCUGAGUGGUUCUGAGCUUUUAAAUAGUGUUAACGAAGCCAGGAAGUUGGUUGAUGAAGCAUACAAAGUAUCCCGGGACAAAGUGAAGGCAGGCCUGAACAAGACGCAUGUCACCCCGUCCGAUUUUCUGAAACAUUUAAAGGAGCCGGUGGCGGGAACGAGGCACGCCAUGCGGGCAGGCAGUUACAUGGAGGCCUCUCUGGACCUCCUGAAGAAGAAGUUGCAGAAGAAGUGGCCGAGACCCUUCAACAUCACAGAGGUCCUAAACACCAAGCAAAAGGAGACCAUCGCCUUGGCCACCGGUUGCGAUUACCCGAUCCGGCCCAUCGAAUGUCCGGAGAACAGCCCUUAUCGGACGAUCACCGGGCAAUGUAACAACAGGAAAAACCCUCAUUUUGGGAUGUCCAACCACGGUUAUGCCCGCUGGCUUCCGGCUGAAUACGAGGAUGGCAUGUCUCUUCCAAGAGGGCUUAUUCCAGGUCAACUGUACCAUGGACAUUCCCUACCACUGGUGCGGCUUGUUUCCAACAAUAUCAUCGCCACCGCCAACGAAAACGUCACGGACGACGAGGGGCGUUCGUUGGCCUUCAUGCAUUGGGGCCAGUGGGUGGACCACGACCUGGAUCAUGCCCCUAUGACCGCCACCACCAUCGACAACAAGGAAGCUCACUGUGACACCAGCUGCAACUACGCGCCUCCUUGCUUCCCGAUCAAGAUCCCUCAUGGAGACCCACGGAUUUCCUCUGGCCUUUGCAUGCCCUUCAUCCGGAGCGCCCCGGUGUGCAAUCCCACCACCUUGAUCCGUGAGCAGCUGAAUGCCAUCACCUCCUUCAUAGAUGCCAGCAUGGUCUACGGCAGCGAAGAGCCAUUGGCGAAAAACCUCCGAAACCUCAGCAACCCUCUGGGCCUGAUGGCGCUCAACCAGAACUUCACGGACGCCGGCUUAGGGCUCCUACCUUUUGAGAACAAAACCCGGAGCUUGUGUCUCUACACAAACAAAACCGCCAACAUCCCGUGUUUUCAAGCAGGGGACAAACGGGUCACCGAAAACCUGGGGCUGUCGGCCAUUCACACCCUGUUUGUCCGGGAACACAACCGGUUGGCGACUGAGUUGAGGAAUCUGAAUCCUCACUGGGAUGGUGAGAGGCUCUACCAAGAAGCUCGGAAAAUUGUCGGGGCGCAGACUCAGAUCAUUACGUACCGAGACUAUCUGCCUCUCACCCUGGGCAACGAAAUAAACCAUCAGCUGCCUCUGUAUCGAGGCUACAACGAAUCUGUGGACCCCACGGUGUCGAACGUUUUCUCUUUGGCUUUCCGAUUCGGACACGGUUCUGUCCCGCCCCUGGUGCCCCGGCUGGACGAGAACUUCCAGCCCUUGAAGCCGUACUCCUAUGCCCCUCUUCACCUCACCUUCUGCGCUUCGUGGAGAAUUGUGAUGGAAGGCGGGAUCGACCCUCUUCUCCGUGGCUUCCUGACUGACGACUCCAAGCUCAUGAGGCAGAACCAGAUGAUGGUGAAAGAGCUUCAAGACCGGCUCUUCGAGCAGGUGGAAAUCAUGGGCCUUGAUCUGGCCGCUCUGAAUCUCCAGAGGGGGAGAGACCACGGUCUCCCAGGGUACAACGCCUGGAGGCGUUUCUGUGGCCUCUCGGCACCCAGCGACGAAGCCGAGCUGGCCGCUGUGAUGGGCAACUCAGAACUGGCCAAGAAGUUCAUGGACCUGUACGGGACCCCCGAGAAUAUCGACAUCUGGAUCGGGAGCAUGGCAGAACCUUUUGUCCCCAACGGCCGGGUCGGCCCGCUCCUGGCGUGUCUCCUCGGGACCCAGUUCCGCAAAAUUCGUGAUGGAGACAGGUUCUGGUGGGAAAACCCUGGGGUGUUCACCCCCCAACAACGCCGAGCGCUGAGCCGCAUCUCAUUUCCCCGCAUCAUUUGUGACAACACGCGCAUCAAGGAGGUGCCGAGGGAUGUUUUCAAGAAGAAUCAGUACCCGCGUGAUUUUGUGAAGUGCCGGGAAAUCUCAGGGCUGGACUUGUCGGCUUGGAAGGAGUAGGGUGAAAACCGGGAGGAGGGAGAGUGGAUGGCGGGAG